AUGGUCUCCGAUGGUUUACUUUUGGUCACUAGCAUCAUUGACCCCCUGGCACAUGAGAAUCCACACACUAUACGCCUUACCCAGAUCAUGACACUUCCUACACUUUCACUCACUUUCGAUGAAUUACACGACACCCCAGACUCUCUGACGUAUCGCAGCCCAACUGACGUCGAAAAAUCUCGUGGUCUCUCAGCCAGUCUCCAUGUUGACAGCUCUGAUUUACAGUUGGACAUCGUUGAUAGCUUUGGUGAAUUCAAGAUGAAGAGAGUGUGGGUAAGGACUAGCGAUGAUGGCUCCCAUGACAUGGAGCUCUUCCAAGGAUACUUUUUACUUAACAUCUUCUAUGGCGAAGAAUACGAGGCGCGGGGGCGCGCACCCAUUGCUACUCACCAAUUGAGGUUCUGGGGUAUACGACAGAAUGGAGAUGGAAGUGGAAACACGGGACAAAAACUCCGCGAGUCCACCGGUUAG